AUGGGCGACGCCGCAGGACUCCCCGACUACGUUCUGGAACCCAAUGCGGUCCUCAACGACACGGACGCCGCCUGGCGUCACGGAGGCCCCCCGGACUACAGCAAGACCCGGGCCUACUACGAAGAGACCAAGAAAAUGACCCACGAAGCCGGCAGCCUUCCCUUCCUCGUCGAGAACCUGGUCAAGAACUGGGAAAUCGAAGCCUCCUUCAAGACCAACCUCGCGGACUGGCGCACCAUUGACCAUGAGACAUACCACUUCACAUUGAACGGCGGGCCCCCGUUGAGCGGCGAGCACAUGCUGAAAGUCGGCACGUAUAAUGCGCUCCUCACGCCGAGUGCGUACUACGAUCCUGCCAAUAAUGAUUUCGAAGCGAGCCACAAGUCGUUUAAGCGCAUGAUGCCUACGUUUGCGUGGGAGGUGCUGGAGGUAUAUAGUGGGCCGCCGGUGGUGGUGACUAAGUGGAGGCACUGGGGUGUGAUGGCGAGGGAUUAUGUUGGAUUUAACGAUAAGGGAGAAAAGGUCAAGAUCGCCGCGCACGGCGGACCCAUUGAUAUCCAAGGUAUCGUGAUCGCUAAGGUUAAUGAUGCGCUGAAGCUGCAGCGCAUUGAUGUGUGGUUCGAUCCGCUGGAGAUGUUCCGCCAGAUUGCCAAGGAUCACGAGCAGACCAAGGUGGAGGGCGAGGAGAAGACUGCGUCGGGGUGUCCGUUUGCGGGGGCAAAGGAGUAG